AUGGACUCAAUUAUCAAACCUAAUAAGUGUUGCUGCUGUAUUUCCUUGAGAGCAGGUGUUAUUACUAUAACGAUUUUAAGCCUGAUUGAUUCAAUAGCCUUCUCCUUUUAUUUUACAUCAAUUAUUAUAAACGGAAAUGAAAAUGAAAAUUAUAAGGAUAAAAUAUACUUAAUUUAUGUUUAUUUGGUUUUUAGUAUUAUAGGCUUAUUAGUAACUAUUUUUGGGCUUAUUGCUGUUUUUGGUAGGAGAAGAGCAUACCUUAGGGUUUACUCCAUUCUUUUCAGCAUUUGUGCAGCUAUUACGGUUUUACUAGAUAUUGGCGGAAUAAUUUUUGUGAAGCUAUUUUUUAAGAGUAAUAUAGCAAUAUGGAUAGUAGUGCUUAUCUUUGAUAUUAUUAUUGCGAUCUAUUUUGCCUUGGUUGUUGCUUCUUACGCUGCAAAGCAUAGAGAAUCCCAUCUUUAUUUAGGGCCUGAAGAUCCUAAAUACUAA